AUGUCAGGGGUAGAAGAUGGAGAAAUAUAUGGUCUCGUUAUCUGCAAUAAAUGGCCUCCAGAGUCUGUUGCACUAGAUAAAUAUGAUGUCAGUGCAUUAAUUAUCAAUAAUAAUGCUGAUGUAUCCUGCAAGUUUCUCUACGAAAACACAACCUCAGAAUUAAUCGAAGCGGAAUUUAUCUUCCCUCUUGAGUCAACUGCUGCUGUUUAUCAUCUUGAAGCUGUUAUUGGGAAAAAACGCUUAGUGGCAAGGUGCAGAGAGCGUGUUGAGGCGGAAGCAACAUACAACGAAGCUGUGGAAAAAGGUCAUACGGCAUUUAUGAUGCAGGAGGAUUUUCACAUGGGUGACACCUUCAAAAUGAAAUUGGGAAAUAUACCAGCUGGAGAUAAAAUCGAAAUUACGUUCAAGUACGUCGUGCCAUUGUAUCUUCGUGAGGUGGACACGUCGUUAGAACGCUUCAAAUCUCUAAAGGAACCAGUGGUUUGUGUGUUCUCGAUGCCGGGAAAGAUUGGUGCAAGAUAUGGAGCAAAUGUGCCAGCCUCGAAGUUAGCCGCAAAAAUGAAUUUCGUGGCUGAGAUAUAUGGUGCUGGCGGAAUACUUUCAGUGACUUCUCCUCAUCACACAUUUCAGGUGAACUACCUGAACGAAGAGAAGAGUCGAGCUAAAGUGUCUCUGUCAGAUGGUGUGGUUGUUGAGAAUGAUUUCGAGAUGGAAAUCGCAAUGGACAAGCCUCACAUUCUUGCAUCACCAUGUGAAAUAGGAAGUGUCGAGAAAGGUGGUUUCUUAGGAAUGCACUGCAUUGCUGCCUCCUUUUUGCCUAACAUUGCGCAAUCUCGAGCAAGUGAUGGAGACAAGUGUGAAAUAAUUUUUGUACUUGAUCGAUCUGGUGAGUCAUCCCCUUGA